AUGUUUCCUAUUACGGUAUCGCAAAUGCUGCGGCCUUUCCCAGCAGCUCGGGGUUCCCGGCCCCUCUAUGGCCCUAUCCGACUUCAUAUGCAGGCUCGAGGGGAUGCGCUACGCCCUCAAUGCAUGUCCACGUUGAUAAAUAGCUCAUCGCCAGGCCAGUUGUCAACUAGGCCUUUGCAACCCCGCAGCUGCCUAGUCUCGGCUCCAAGGAUAUCGUUACUGGGCAAUCGCAGAUGGACAUCAUCAAAACCGACCGGCGAGCCCCAAGAGCCUCAAUCAGAAGACUCCAAACCCACGACUGCUGCAAAGCGCCUAUUGUCUAAGCUACCCAUGGGGAAAAGCCAUGAGAAUAUCUACACCGUUCCCAAUAUUCUCACCUUUACUCGGUUAGUGGCGGCACCUGUGGUGGGGUAUCUGCUUGUCCACGACUACCAUGCAGCCGCUUUGUCCCUAUUCGCGUAUGCAGGCAUUACCGAUCUGGUCGACGGGUGGAUUGCCCGAAAGUAUCACCUGCAGACAGUUGUGGGAACCAUUAUUGACCCUAUGGCUGAUAAACUGCUGAUGACGAUCGGAGUGGCGUGUCUGGCGGUGAAUGGGUCGCUUCCUAUUUGGCUGGCCGUUAUUAUUCUUGGUCGUGACAUUGGACUGGCCAUCUCGGCAAUCUAUUACCGAUGGAUUUCUCUCCCUGCUCCGAAGACUAUGGCUCGGUACUGGGAUUUCUCGCUUCCAUCUGCCGAGGUCAAGCCUACCGAAAUAUCCAAGAUCAAUACUGCCCUGCAGCUGGUGUUGGUAGGCACCGCCAUUGGACUUCCUGUGGUUCCCGAGGCUUUCAUUAGUGCUUGGCAUUUGCAGGAGGCUAUGACUGGAUUCCAGUACCUUGUGGCGGGUACAACCAUCUGGUCGGGCCUGAGCUACGUCUUGUCUAAUAAUGCGGUGAAGAUCCUGACUAAUGAGGAGAUCCAGAGACGGAUUGCUGCAGCGGCUGCGAAGAGAAAGCCUUGA